GCUUGCUACAAGAGCAAUAAGAACUAUAUUAUUCGUUUCGAAGGAAACAUUAUGGCGGACGCCUGCAGACAUUUGGGCUUUUCAAAAAUCGUUUUCUAAGUUUAUUUGCGUGUUUUUAUUGAACUUUUUCGCAUAUUAUGGUGCAUUAAGUGUUUAAUUACCUUUUUAUUGUGGUUUUUGGGAGUUUCGUGGAAUAAAGUGUGAGUAUUUAAUGAGUACAUAACGGAGGUGCGCCACGGGUAGGGAAAUGAUUUGGUGCUUUCUGUCUCUCGCCCGAGUCGACGCACACGCAGCGCUCAGCUGUAGGUGGCGUUGCGGUCAUAUGAACAUCAAAACAUGACGAUUUUCAUGACUUUUCCGAACAUUAUUUUUGCGCACUGGACUAUUGAAACAUAAAAAUUAUUGGGAUUAUGAUUAAACACCAGAAGAAAAGAAGGAGCUUGUUCUUCAGAUUGUUCUAGUGUGAACAUUUUUAAGUAGGAUUAUAACAGAGAUAUUAUAUAUUUUAAUACAAAGGAACAUACAUAGACUAUAGUUUCUUUCAUUUGUUGUAUAAAUCUGCACAUACAAGGAGUUAAAAGUUAUAGGGUUGACUACUAGUUCCCUAAUGUCGGAAGAGCAGGAAAGAGUUUCAUUCUACAUUCCAACAUGAAAACUAAACAGCCUAAAGAAGAAACCGACAAGAGUAUUGAUGAGGAUACUGUUGAGCCAAAAACUCGAGCAAGAAAGAAGGCCUCAGACUUGGAAGAAGAGAAAUCAAAAGCAAGUCAGGAUGAAGCUAAAAUUCCUCAAGAAACUAAAAAGCCAGUGGCAAAACCUAAAGGUGUAAUAAGGAAACGGCCACUUGGUAUCCGAAAAACAAAAAAAUUAAGAAGUAAAAAGGUUCCAGUCAUAAAGAAAAAUGUUAUCAAACAAAAAGCAAAAAGAGGUAGGAAACCAUUAAAGAAGCCUGAUAAUUCUCAAGAGAAGGAAGCAAUCCCUUUGAUACCUGCUUCUGAAAUUAAAAAAGAGCCAGUUGACGAUACUACACCCAACUCUAGGUCAUCCAGUCCUAAAACAGCAGGUCGUCGGUCCAGACUAAGCUCUGAUAUGCUCAUGAUGAAAUCUGUUCUUGGAGACUCUCCUAGUAGCUUGAUUCUUGGUCCCCGCACAAGCCCAUAUUCUAUGCGGUCUGAAAGAAGUAAUAGUCCUUCAUUGUUUGAAGGCAAAAACUUGAGGAGUGGGAAACCUAGAAAGUUAAAGAACAAUCUUUUAAAUGAAGUAGUGAUUAAAGAACAAAAGAAGCGGACAAGGCUCCCAUCAGAUUCAAAACAAGAAAUGCCAGAUUCUUCAGAAGACUGUAAAAGAAUAAAAAGGGGUCGCUCCUGCUCUCGAGAUGGAAGUGAAAUCUCAAAAUGCUCAGAUAUUACAGAGUCUGACAUAAGCUUAAAUGAAACGCUUACUGAACCUGAUAAGGAGCUCAACAAGAAAACAGAUAAACCUAAGACUGAACUAGACGUAGAUAUUGAUACUAAUGUACAGAUCUCAACUAUUGAAAAAGUGCCUUCCCCAAAUGUUGACUCCAAAUCAGAAAUAAAGCUUGACCCAGAACCUAGUUCCUUAGAGAAAGACAAAAGAAGAUUGAGCUUAAAAAGAAGUACUUCAUUAGAUUCUGACAACAAUAAUAGUAAUAGAGUUAAGAUUAACAAUUUAAAUACAGCAGAUAUUGAACUCAAAUUGUUUGAGACUGAAAAUGAUAAGCUUUUAGAGGAUCGUAGUAGUAUUUUAAAUUGUAUGUCCAAGACAUUUAAUUCAAAGGAAGUUUCCAAAAAUAUAAGGAAAGCAAGAAGAGGAAAGAAGACUGCCACAACACCACGGGCCGGGGCCAAUCAAGUAGGGAAAAGUAACUCUUUAGAUACUGAAAUAUCAGAGCCUAUAGAUACUGUUGACAGUUUGUCUAAAGAGAUCACUGAUCUCAUUCACAACUUGGACCAGAACAUAGACUGUGAUCAGGAAAGCACAAUUGAGAGUAAUUCAAUGGUAGUUGAUCAGAUGCAAUCAAAAUCAGUUCGCCAAUUCUAUGGAUUAUCAAAACCUUUAGGAGAUAACAACAGUAUUGUUAGUGAAACUCCCGCUAAAGAAAAAGAACCUAGCAUGCAAAUUGCCAAUGAAGGCACACCCAUCAAGGAUGAUAGUGAAAAUAUAAGAUUGCACUAUGAAGAUUCAGAAGAAAAAUCUUCAGAAAGUAAGCCAGAAAUAACUUACAAACGUGCAACAGUAGCUAGCAUAGAUAAGUUAAUGGAUAGACUGAAAGAGUUUGAAGAGUUUGAUAAGCGAAGGAAGAGACAACAAUCAGAAUCCAAAUCAAAUGAUAAGACCGUCAUGGUUACAAACGACGUCGUUCUAAUACCAAAGUCUGGGGCAGACAUUAAGCCCUUAAAAGAUAUGCAACCUGAGAAAUCACCAGAAAGGUUUAUCGAAAAAGAAAAUGUUUUAAGCUGUUUCGAAAAUAACUCUGCUAUUUCUAUAGUUAAACGGGAUCAAGUUCGUCGGUCAAUAGAGGUCGAUCUUCCGAAUUCAGUUACCUUAAUAAAACGAAACAGCGUCAGUGCGCGCAAAGAAUCUACCAGUUCCAAUCACUCAAAGGAAUCAGAUGCCAUUAGUAUAUUUGAAAAAUCCCUGGGCAAAGAUGUGACAUUGACAGAAAUACGGAAAUCGGUUGAUAAACCGGUACCGUCGCCACAAGUCGACUUACAUCAGUUUGCAACUUUACAACCCAACAAUCCUACACAAACCAUAGGCGGAGUUACACUAGAUUCCAGCCAAAUAUCUAUAACACCCCGAAAUGUGGAAUCGAAAUUAAAUUGUUCUGAUAUUCAAAUUAUGAAGCGUAAUUCCAGAGAGUCUAUAUCGCGGAAGUCGUCUGGCUCGAGCGCCGAUAUAGAUGAUAAAAUGGCUACAUUGGAGAAAAUUAAAUCACCACAACAAAUCAAAAAGUUUGAUAUUUCCAUAACGCCAACGCCCGUCGCUGUGAGGUCGCCCGAGGUGACACAGCCUGUUGAAACCGAAGCAUUAGCACCUCCUUUGGUGGAUGUUAGGUCAACUCCUGAAAACAUAUCCAGUUCCGAAACUGUUCAAGCAAAAAUGGAAACUGUUGACAUCCCUACAGCUGUUACUGAUGUAACUAAGACCAUCGUAAAAUCCGAAGAGAAAAUUGACGCAAAGCCGGCAGAGGAUGUCAAAAAGCUUGAGCCAUCCGUGGCUGAGAAGCCCGAAGAAGCCAAAACUGUACAACAUAACAAACCCAAAACUGAGACCUCCGUCAAAAUAGAAGACCAGAAGUUAUCAAAGCCGGUUACGAGAACCAAAUCGCGUAGUUCAACGGAAAUGCCGGGACCUAGCAACCUUCUUCACGAGACACCAGAGAGUCAAAAACGAAAGGAGAACGUGCUAAGAACGUUAGGUUUAUUAACACAUAAAGCAGCAAAUGAAGCUAAAGCAAAGAAAUUGAAAGAAAAGGAGCUAAUUUAUGGGGCAAACUACAAUAUCAUGGGGAAGGGAAAAGCCUCAAAGUCGGAUUAUACGGGCACUUUGAAGACUGUGAUAAAAUUGAAUCGAGGUGAAAAGAAGAGACACAGGAGUUCCCUAAAAAUGACCUUUCAGAAAAGCAAACAUCGGGGCAAGCCAUUGGUGGAGGUUGGAGAAGCUGGCUGCGAUGACGAAGCCUACUACACCAUAGAAAGGCGAGAGGGUGUCGCAGGCGCAACAUUGGACGGUGGGCACAGAAAGUCACAUUACAGUAAUAGAAGUAACAAUCAUGACACAGAAGCGGCACCCGAACCGGAUCCAAAGGAAACGGUUAAUCUGGUUAUCCCGGAGAAGGCGUCUUCAUUCAGCAUCCACCCUGGACGGUUGUGUAUGGACCAGUGUUUCUAUUGUGGCGGAAAAUUCGGACUGUUUGACACGCCCUGUCAUAUCGCGCAGAUGAAGAGUAGCGAGAGACAGAAGAAAGUGCUUGACAACGAAGAAAAGUUGACAAUUGACAGUUGUCUAUGUGACGCGUGCUAUCGUCAUGUGGACCGCAGAGCCAACUGCCCAUCAUACAGGAAGCGGCCCAUGGGCAAACCAUUAGAUUUACCGCAGCCUCCCUCCCCGCCUAAUAAUGCAGGUACUGAUAAGCCAGUAAGCCCCCCUCUGGAAGAAGAGAGCGAAGAGGAACCAUCAGAGGCUCCGGGAAGACUGGCCACCUGUCACACGAGUGGGUGUGUCCUACCCGCGGAGCAUUCCAUACGACGCAAGUGGCUUAUUAAGAUGAGAUCCAGUGUUAAUAAGCUGCUCAAGCUAGACGGAGACUACCCCGGCCUGCACACGAUACCAUUAUGCGGCGAGCAUUACCGAAUUCUGGUACCGCUGAUGGCUUGUGUUCUGUGCCGUCGACGGCUGACCAAACACCACAAUUUACAUUUCAUACAUCAUGGCUACACAGAUUUGAACCCAAUGCUAAAAGAAGCCGGGAUUCCCGUGCAGUUCACCGAAAGACCAGUUCUUUGUAAGGUGUGUCGGUAUUACUGCACUUUGCUACAACGACCCGGCCAUAAUGAUAACCACGCCAGAGCUUACCGACGGAAAUUGCUUGAGAUCUACAAUAUAGACAUACCACCCGAAUUAGAACAACAGACAGAAGACACCUCCGCAUUAGAAGACUGUAACAAUGUUGCCAACCGACAGAAAAAGAAAACCAAAAUAAAGAUAAAGCAACGCAAAUCCACUGAACCAGAAACGAGUGAAUCGUCCGAAAGAACAACAGAAAGUUCGCCAGAAAAAGAGAAGUUAAUGGAAGAAAUAGAACCGCAUAAGAAUACUCAUUUAGAGGAAGAUAUAGAGAGCCUCAUAUCAUCCAAUAAGAUACCAGUUCCCGGAGCGAAGCCGCCCGAAUCGGCCCAAAGUGACUGCUCCGAAUCAGAAAUGGCAGUAGAUGAGACUCAAAUGAUAGGCGUGGACAAACAAACAGAAUUACGAUACCUCCUACAGAAACAAAACAAUCCAGCGCGGUUCCAAAACUUAAAUCUCACCCAGAAAAGCCGGAAUAUACUUAAAGUGCAGAAUGUUGGCAUACAAAAGGUUGGACAGCAGCACAGAAUUGCCGAUAAGAAUGUUAAGAGGAUACAAAAGCUCGGUCAGAUCGUCGCGCACAAGGAGAAACCCAAGAAAGAGACUGAAAUAGAAGAAUUCGAGGCGGACAAGUCAGAAGACGUAAUUAAAAACAUUUCCCUAAACGAUGAAUGUACGAUCGAGACUAUACCAAACAAACGACCGGCCGAUAUCAAUACGUUGAAGAACAAAUGGCAGUUGUCAGAAAGCUUCAGCCAAGUCAAGAAGAACCUCAGCGAGCUGUCUAAAAAGGUCGACAAAGAUCCGAAGAAGCUUUCGGAAUCAAAAUACUCAAAUCCAGUCAAGAGACUAGAAACAAAUCCAUCCAUAUCCGUACGAGAAUUAUUCCCUGGCGAAGAAGAAAUGAACCUUCAGUGCAAUGUUGAGUUUAAUAACGUCAAGGGGGUCACUCCAGCCGGCUGGGAGAAGUGUAACUCUCUUAUACAAUUCGAUGUGGAAACGAAAAAGUUGUGGAACGAUCUACAGAGGCCCUACGGAAACCAAUCGAGUUUCCUUCGACAUCUGAUUUUGUUGGAGAAGUACUUCAGGAGUGGGGACUUGAUUUUAUCCCAUAACGCAUCCCCUCACGCCGCCAACUACAGUAAUUCCAUGCAAAAACGAUUGAAGGCGUACGAUAACGUGGCGACUCCGGCCGAAACACCGAAGACGUCCAGCCUCAUCGAAUUCCGGAAGAAACCGUCGGUGAACGGAAAGAGUUUGCUGAAAUCGAGCCAAAACCCUGAAAAGAAAUUCAUGCCGCCUCCAGAUUUUACAAAACCUUCCCCCAAAUCGAAGAAAACUAAACAGUUGCCCCCAGAAUUAAUAGCUAUUAACACACCAAACGCUCAAGGAAGGAAGGCCAUACAAAAUGUAUUGCACAACAUUCAACAAUUGGUCAAGGGCGUGUCGGCCUCGGACCCUACAGAAGUGGCCGCUGCCCCUUUGCCCCCACCGAAGUUUGAGCCUCCAAAAGAAAAGAAGGAACCCCCUAAAGAGCAGAAAGAAAAGAAGGAAACACCGAAGGAACCGAAAGAAAGGAAAGAGCCUAAGAAACAAAAGUCUAAUAACAAGGGUUGGAGACCUACACUGAUGCCCAUAACUCAGGAGAACGUGGCAAAGAUCGCACGAGAGCCGCUCAAAACAGCCGUCGACGGUCACAGCUUGCCAAGCUUGGUGCAAGUUAUAUCAUCAGGGAACCGAUACCACAUAUCCUUCGAGGACUAUAACAAAAUGUGUCUCAUCCGGAAAGAGAGACAGCAACGGCUUCACGAGAAGAAGUCCACUAAACCCUCAACCGAGGAGACGUCCGUAGUCACAGAGGUCCAGACCUCCGCAAUGCUGGGGAACGGAGGCACGGUGGUCCAAAAUAUAACCACCGAGAAAGAUGAGAAGACUGACGCCCAAUUGACUACAAACGCCGCCACGAUACUUAAAAACGUCGGUCUCAAAAACAUCACCAUCGCCCCGAUUCCGCCUAAAACGUCGACUAUGACGUCACAAACCCUAUCUCUAGUGACGUCACAGCCCCUCUCCAUCGUGACGCCACAGAUUAUAACCAGCGCCGUGAAGCCGCUGACGGCAGUCGACAAUUCGAUGUCACUCCCCAAAAUACCGAAAUCCCUAACCGUGAUUCCGCAGGUUGUCCCGCAAAUAGUGCCGGUCGUCACGACGGCGCCGUCACAAACUGACAGUAGACCAUAACGAAACCUGUACUUUUUGGUUGUAUAACAACCGGACGCGGCAAAACCGUUGUGGAUUGUGAAAAAGUGAUAGUGAAUAGUGAAACUAUAGUGAAGUUAGUGGUUUUGUUCGCGUGUGACGAUUGAACGCAAUAGUGAGAGCCAAGAAGCCUUAUUUGUAAAUAGUAUCGAGCUGUGAAUACGCCGCCGCAAAUGGUAUGAAGUCUAUUAUUUAUUUCACAUCAACAAUUUUUGUAGCGACCAUUGACACUUAAAUCAUUGUGUAAUUUUUGUUCAAAAUUAUGAUAUGAUACUUAUUAAAUAUUAGUCAUUAUCUCUUGACGAAACAUAAUAUUCGGUAUAAAUAUAAAAAUCGCCUUUAGUUUAAUAAGAUUUUGACAUUCAAAAUUGUCUAGUCAGGAUCAAAAAUGCAUUUAUAAUUUAUUUUCAUACAAAAAUUCAUCAGCUUCAUAUCAUUUGCGUAAUAGACAAUUGUGUAGUGGAUUGUUUUGAAAUUAUUAUAUUCCUAUCUGUAGUAAAAGACAUUUCAAAUUAGGUUUAGUUAGGUCCAUUUUAGUUCCUUGAAAUGUACAGGCUUGUUUUUCAUAUUGACAGAAAAACACCGAUCUUAUAUAGAUUUAUGUUUAAUACAUACUUUAAUAUUUGACAUAUGUCAAAAUAACGGAAUAAUCAUAAACUGCAAUAUGUGCAGUGUAUAUUAGGGUAGUAUGUAUAAAAAUUUGUGCAAAUUUGCUCAAUGUCAUAAUUUUUGGCAUGUUUAGAUGCAAUCAGGCCUUCCUUAUGAUAACGUAGCAGUGUAAUGACUUCAAAACAAUCAAGGAAUAAAUUAAUAAUUAUGAAUAUAUCACUCAAAACAUAUUUUUCCAUGUUAUCAUAAUAAUUAAUGUUUCAUAGAAACUAAUACAUGUAUCACUUAGUUAAGCGCACCGAUCAACCAAAUCGCAUGGUACGAUGUCAUCAACGCCCAAAGGCGAAAGCCUAGAUCUAGUGUUUCGGGAUUAAACAAAAGCACCGAAAUGUGGCUCCAUUAUGAAUGUUCUAUGUUAUUGUUGAAUUUGUUCCCAUACAAUUUCAUAUGUAUAAGUAUUUUUGUGUAAAAUUCCCUGAAACAGGAGUUACUCCGUAAGCUAGAUUAAUUUGGGCGCCAUAAUCGUACCGUGUUAUUCGACAAUAUUCACCUAACAUAAAACCCCGACCAAAUAUUUUCGAAAUGUCAGUACAUAAAUUCUUUAAUAGUGCCUCUUUGUCAGAACAUUGUAAAUAUUACUCAUGGUUGAUUCUAAGUAAAUGCGUUAUAAUAUUGUUGAAUAUGGAUAUAAUAGUAUUUUAUUUUGGUUCUAUAUAUUAGAGUAUGGUCCAAGUUUACAUUUAGGUGUUACAGGUGUGGUAGGGGGUUGCUUACACGUUACUUGUAACUAAUUCUUUCCAUUUUUGCGAUAUAUUGACAAAUGUGUUCCUGCCAAGGAGAUUUCAUAUAGAGCGGGCAUUGGAUGCAUACAAAUCUUAUGUCAUGUUUUCUCACACUAGAAUGAAUAUAACCUUUUUUUUCGAUUUUCGUUUAUAAUGCCCGCUUUAUUGAUUAUAUAUUUAUGUCUCUUUGGCUUAUAGCAGCCUGAAUUUUAUAUUCUUUAACGCAUCUGAAAACAGAACUUUCAACUAUCUGUAAAUAUUUCUUCAAAUAAGUACCUAUUUUCGCGUUUAGUUAAUCUAUUUUAUAUAUAUGAACAUGGAUUCUGUUGUAUCCUAAGCAUGAAUGGUGUUAAUUACGAGCGCAAUUUCAACUUUAGUUAUUGACUUUGACUCGUAUUACAAAACGUAUCAAGUCUUGAGCACUGUCAAAAGUGUCAUUUGUCCCUUUUGACAGAUCUCGAAACUAGAUUAAAGCUUGAUUCACGUUAUGUAUACGGCUGGUAGAAAUGUAAAUAUUCUGAAGUAAGCAAUCACCCUAACACGUAAAAAUUGUUAUAUAACUAUUUUAGUAUUUGGAAGUUUGAUAAUCUGUGCUCAGAACAAAAUGGCUGCCACCGCCCAAUGUUUAGUUUCUUCCAAAGAUAGCUUUUUAGUUUACAAUAUUGUAUUUUGGUUUAGUUUCUACAGUCAGGCCGGUUGUUCCGCGCCCGAGGUAUGAAUUUGUGUAAUAAACAUAUCCUUAUCUCAUGA